AUGGAUGACGUCUCUGACCCUAAUACGGUCGUCUCUUCCACUUCGUGCGACGGUGAUUUGAUGCCUUGGAAGCUCGAGCCUCUUCUUGCCUCUCGGUGGUGGUUUUGUGCCACCGAAUAUUUCUUGCGGCGAAUAACCCUUGACGGUGGCUUCUUUGCCAAGACUGCAAAUCUUGAACGUGUCAUAAGAUCAGAGCUUUUGGUCAGGGUCAACAGCUAUGGCUUGGAUUACAAACUUUUAAAAGAAUGUUGUUCAAGCAGAUGUGAAAUAGAAGUAUUCAGACAUUUGGAGUUUUGUAGGAAGCAUGUAGCUCACGAUUUUUCUGUCAUUUUUAAAGAUUUGGUGCAGUGCUCAUGAAUAGGUAGAACCUAAUACAGUACUUGAGAGAGGACUCGAAAGCUUACUUGAUAAGGGUAUUCUCCAGUUUCUUAGUUUAAUGCUCAAAGCUUGACCGUAUGUUGAAAAUCUACAAACCCGUACAAUACUCUCGCUGACAUCCUUACACAUUCUAAUAUUUCAAAGAAAAUGAAACCAUAAAGCAGGAAAUUUUAAGCACAUGCAUGAAGGCUACUUGGUUGGUAGGCAGAUAAGAGAUUAAGCAUAUGUGUUUUGUCUUAGACAGAUAAAAAAUUCUCAAUAUGCUUUAAGGUCAUAUAGUCCCUUGCCAACACAUGAUUUUUAGCUAAAGUUGUAGCAUUUACUCAAAUCAGUUUCUUCUCCUUAUUGAAUAGUUAUCGGUUUCUUCCUGACAAAGUGAUCUACUUUAUUGAUGAAGAUGGGUCUUUUGUUCGACUUUGCCAUGUUCAGGUUCAUAGUUACAUGUUUCUCACAUCAUCAGUAAAUGUAUUUUUUUUUCCUUUUUAGUUAAUUCAGAUACUUAAGCUGGCGAAUAAAGAGGACCUACGGCCACUGAAUCAGACAUCUACAUUGUCUCCACCUGGACAUGAAUCCUGGUUGAUUAAGUCUGAUGAAUCUAUACGUCUCCCAAUACGGUGCAUAGACUUUUUUGUGAACUGGAUACGGUGCAGAGACUUCAUAGAAGAGUUAUUGGCCAAAACGAAGUUGUCCUAGCUAUUAUCCGGGCGAUCCGACGUCCAUGUGUUGGGCUCAAGAACCCAAACCAUCAAAUCCAAUGUUGUGAAUUUCUUAUAAGUAUUCUAUGAACUUUAUAUUUUGUGUAGUAUUUUUUUCAUUCUAUUUAGUUCUACAUAUAAUAUCCCUUGGUUAUGUUCGCUGAGAACAAAUUUGCAAACUGUACAUUUACAGAAAGUAGUUAUCAGUUCUCAUAUUUUUCUUUUUC